AUGGGGGGAGUCCCAGUCUACACCACGCUCCAGGACUUCAUCACGGAUCUCAAAAAGAUGUACUAUCCUGUGAACCCAGAGCUGGAAGGACAACAGAUGCUGCACACCUUGCAGCAAAGGUUCAAGCCUUGGGAGGAAUUCGAAGCUGAAUGGGAACAUUGGGUCAAGGUCUCAGGGUAUAAGGAUGAGCAGCUGCUGCUCCAAUUGCUUAGGACGGCCAUGAGAAAAGAACUCUGUGAUAGAGUAUGGGCGUCUGAAGGAAUUAGCCAGAAUGUCAACAGCUAUGACCUAUGGAAACAGGUUGCAGCCCAGCUAGACCUUCAGCAGCAGCAGCAGUGGGCAUCCACCUAUGAAGACCGAAAGAGCAAGGGGAAAGGAAAGGACUCCAAGACCCGACAAGUCCACCAGGAGGAAGGUGUAACGGCAACGGCAAAUGCGGUGGUGCCAUACAAGGAAACGGUAGGAGUUGAUGGAGAACGCGACAAGCACCGGAAGUGCAGCACUUGUGGAAAGAAAAGGUCAGAGAAGGGGUCGUGCACGGAUAUAUGGCACACCCACUACUACGACGGAAAGGCGCAGUUUUGGCGUAAAAAGGAUGCCCAACCUGCAGCUCGGGCCACUACAGUAGAAGAAACUGAGGCCAUACAAGCAUUCAGGGCAGCCAUAGCGGUCAACCCCACUCUGCUCAACCAGGCGAGUUUUCAAUUUGGCAAGGCUUAA